AUGGGGAGAAUUAAGAAGGUGGCGAGCCAAAAACACGAGGCUACGAUCUCCCCAUAUCUGGCGGAUUUCGUAGCCCGUGCCACCACUAUUCCUGUCCCGGAGCUUCCUUCACAUCUCAACACCUUCUCUCGCAUAUGGCCCUUCCCCAGAGGCGACCUGUACCAUUGGAUUAACGUGCUGAACCGCUUCGACGAGAUCUUGGCAUCUGCCAUCGAGAAAUACGCCCUGAACAACGGUCCUCAGACGAAGCCUUUCGGCAAAGACUUUCUGGUGGAGUCUUACGUGCAUGGUGACAGUGCAGGAAAACCUCAGGAUGUUGAUGCCAAGUUAGCUGAACUUGGAUAUGGACCGGAAGGAGACAGGGAGCUUUUAGAGGUUAUUCUUGAUUUCUCUAGGCUGCUGCUCGAAAAGUGCGGUAAUCGCAGCUUGUACAGCAGCAGUGAACGCCUGGGCGAACUCCUGAACACCACUUCGCUCUCUCUGCUUCAGUCCACCCUCCGUUUAUCUCUGUGUCUGGCACAGCGGUAUCAUUCACGCCAACGGGGUGGCUCCCAUAUCCAGCACAGCUUGCUGGCAGCUCACUACAACAUUGACUUGGAGAAGUUGCAGAAAAUUGCUGCGCCGUUCCCGCGCCCUUCUGUUACAGGAAGAACGGCUGUGUCCCCGGUAGCUUCGAUCAAGUCCAAGGAGAAGGCAUCUCAGGCCAGGCAUAAUGCCAAUGAUAUGUCUGUUCUUGUACGGGAGAAUGAAAGUUGGGAUGAAUGGGGUAGUGUGCGCCUGCUAUAUUAUCCGUCUGGCUCAUCAGAACCGGUUAAGACUGCACCGGAGACCGGCACUGGUGGACCAUCGGUACAGGCCCCUACCACACCCACUCCUCUACGCAGAAGUCACACCCAUCCUACACCACGCCUGAGCCGUAUGUCGACUGCCGAGGAUUCGCCUGCAUCUGUGACCUCGACGCCAGGGAAACAGGACGAGACGCUGCGGGGUGGCAAGACACUUGAAUUAACAUAUUCGAAAAUUUCCUCGACAAGUACCGAAGAUCUUGUCGCCGCGCAUGUAGACGAAGUACCAGAUGACUCAAAAUACGAACUACUUCAUAGAAUACGUACAGCCCAAGGAUUGGCGACGUCAGACUCCACGCGGGAGCAAAUCCUGGCAAUCAGAAUCCUCGCCCUUACUAACCUAGCUUACGUUUAUCCCGAGCCGCUGUUCCAGCAGAAAGUCCUUCAGUAUGAUAUGGAGCAGCCAAAGCGUCUGCAGCUCGCCUAUCAGCUAGGCGAAUUGGUUCAUCUAGGUGCGAGUGGCGACCUUCCAGUCUCACGGACAUUGCAGACAUUGGCGCUCCAGGCUCUUGAUGCUCUUGCGAAACACAAGGCACGCGCCAUCGAUGUUUGUGGCGCAUUGAGUGUCAAUGUCAACCAUGGUGUGCUGAUGUUCUUGACUCGCAAAACCGUCAAUGAGCUGAGUUCGGAAGACCCUGAUGGUGAAGAUGGUAGCCAGGAUGAGUGGCGGGAUGCCUUACUCGCUUUGUUACGGACGCUUCCGGGCUCUAGUACCAGGACCCCAGAAACUCUUGUUGCUGCUGGCUUGAUCCCCAUGUUUGUUGAUGUUCUCAAUCUUCGGACAGAAAAGGCCCGCCGAGUUUACUCUCGCAUCAUGGAAUUCCUGGACACUUUCGUCCAUGCUGUCCGUGAUGCGCUGGGGACACUUACUAGUGCUAAGGGAUUCGACGCAAUUUCGGACUUGAUUGAUCACGAAACCAAGUCAUCCUUUGAGAAUGUAUCCAAGGGAGCUGGAAUACCGUCACAGCACAAAACUCCAUCCAUUGACUAUCAAAUCCCCUAUUUCCAACAACAAGCCCUGCGCUGGAUGUUCAGAUUUGUCAACCAUAUCAUGCAGCACAAUGGCGGCGGAUUUGACCGUGUCCUUCGGAAUUUGAUCGAUUCGCCUCAGUUACUGACUUCCCUACGCCUAGUGUUGGAAAACGCCCGGGUGUUUGGUUCUCACGUCUGGAGCAACGCGGUCAACAUCCUGAGCAGCUUCAUUCAUAAUGAGCCUACGAGUUACGCAGUAAUUGCCGAGGCUGGUCUAAGCAAAAGCUUUCUGGAGGCCGUUACUUCUUCCGAACUGAAGGCCCAGGAGAAGAUAGUUGCCGAACCCGAAAGUGCUGAUGUUGAGGGUGAGCCCUCGAGGCUUCCUGAGACCACUGCUACCGAGACAACGGCAGAGGAUGGUCAGGGCCCUCGGGAAUAUACCAUUGUAAGAUCGGCAGAGGCGCGUUUGGCCCCCGGAAUCAUGCCCGCCGCCGAAGCUCUCUCGUGCAUUCCCUCCGCUUUUGGAGCCAUUUGCUUGAAUGCUUCUGGUCUCGAGCUGUUCAAAUCCUCCGAUGCUCUGGAGAGCUUUUUUGAAAUUUUUGAGAAUCCUGAGCACGUCAAGUGUCUAAAGGACGAUCCCAACCUAGUUCGAUCUUUAGGUACCACUUUUGAUGAGUUGGUGCGGCAUCAUCCGGCCUUGAAGGCUCACAUAAUGACUGCAGUUAUCGUGAUGGUUGCACGUGUUGGACUGUUGUGCAGAGCAAAGGCCUGGUCAGUCGGAAUGGGUGCGAAGUUGUGGACAGAGAAUCCGGAAGGAAAGCCAAUCAUUUCGGGUUCUACUUCCCACUUGCUGAAGGCGAUCGGUAUCGAAAGUGACGACCAGCCCGAGAAUGCCUCCACUUACGGUGUGCCGCAAUUGACGUCCGAUCAGCUCCCGAAUGGCGGAAAGCUACUACUCGGCGAUCUAAGCCAGAUUCUUCCAUCGUCGAUUGACAACAUUGAGCCGAAGGAAACGGACGCUGCCGGUCUCACUGCCACAGAUUACCUCUACCCUGUCGUUCGAUUCCUGGGUGCAUUCUUUGAGAACCAGCCGAACUGCUCGUAUUUCAUUGAAUCCGGGGGUGUAGAGUUUGUCCUAGAUCUCGCGACAUUGCAAAGCCUCCCAUUUGAUUUCCAUAAUACGGAUGCCAACCAGGAGCUCGCCGUCCUAGUACAUAUGCUUGCAGAAACGAAGCCUCACUUGGUUGUGCCGUCCCUCGUCCAGCGAACGGAACGAGCUGUCGAUAUGCUCUCGGGUUUCUGGCAGGAGCCCAAUCAUUCCGGAUUUUUCACACCGUUGAUCAUGGCAACAUCCACUGGGGCAUCCGAAGAAAAGGGCAAGGAGACUCAUAGUAUUUCCAAGGCGAAUGGAACAUUCUUCGCAAAGCAUAUGGGGGCUGCUCUUAUCCUCACCGAUUUCCUUCGUGAGAUUUAUUCGAUGCCUCUGUACCAGACGCGUCCGAGCCAGCAAACCUCCGCUUUUGCUCAAGUUAACCUAGUUGACCGAUAUUGCUCCCUCGUGAAGAAGUUGGGAGGUCUGCAUGCAGCAUGCGUCUGGGAGGAGAUACUGCUUGAGAAGAACAUACCCGACACCUGGGAUCAGGCAACCAAAGUGCAGCAGUCUGGCUCGGCUCCAGAAAGGUCUAACCCUAUCGCAGGACAAUUGAAUACCGAAGGGAACGCCAUCGUACCUGGUGCAGAGCCUAGCAGGGGAAGUCCAGCUGCUAGCGAGAGUGCCCAACCUGGAGUUGCGCAAGAGUCCAAAGAGCCUACCACAGUCAAGGUUGCUGAAGACGGUGUAGCAUUCAAAAAUGUGCAGGCCCUUCGGUAUCUCCUCAGUUCAUUACCUUCUUCAAUCACUGGCUUCUUCCAUAACUUGGGACUUGGUCUGAUUGGAAAGAGGAGAACGGAUCUUUACCAGAAGCAGAAUGCAACUCUGGUGGCCGAUGCUGUUGCGGGAGCCGUGCUUGAGCAAUUGCAAUUCCAGCCUCCAAACGCCAGUGACAACUCCAAGCUCCGUUUCGCUUAUCUGAUUGUUAUACUGUCUUCGUUCUCCCAUCUUCUGUUCGAAGGUAGGCUGGUUCCCUUUCCCUUGACCAUUUCUUGCCUAGGUGCUGACCAUGUUGUAGCUACCGCAGAUCGUCCUCAUUCACACUAUCUUACGCUGGUUUUGUUCUCCUUCAAGAGACACGGAGGCCUGAAAGUAACGAAAGAUAUCUGCGACCUCUUUGUGCAGGAGGUUAAGGCCCUCACUCCGCCGGAAUCCGUCGCCGAAUCUGAACAAGAUGUCUCAGCACGGCUCACCUCCGCUUACGGCGGGAUCAAGAUUAUUCUCAGCUUUUUCUCUGAGCUUGCCUCGGGGAAGAACAUCGUUGAUUCCAGCCAAACACAAGCCAUGACUACCAGUGAUCGUGACCGGGAUCGCCCCGACUACUUUCAACCAGGCCAGUUUUUGGUAGACCUUCGGAUGGAGAUUCUACCGAUGGCUCGGGACAUGUGGAAUUCCGACUUCGCCGCGCAGUCCUCCAGUUCUGUUGUCAAGUGCCUGAUUGACAUUCUGCGUUCGUCGCUCGAUGGUGAAUAUGAGACGGGAGCUGCUCGCAGCUCCGAUGUGCCUCCUAUGGUGGCAGACGUCGCGAGAAGAAUGUUUGUCGUGAACAAGGACCGCAUGGUAUCUUUACAAGAGAAGGGAUUCGAUGGGCAGCUUGCCAAGGAAGCGCUUUAUCGCUGCAACAACGUAUAUGCCGCCGCCGAGGAGUACUGCAGGGCACAAAGUCGGCUAAGAGCCCCUCCAAGGGCGGAGCCAUCCCCUAGUGACAUCGAAUCGAUUCGGUCAACGUCAGUGGCUGAAGGAUCUGACGAGCCUGCGGGCGACGCCCCGUCGUUUGACAAUGGGUUCCUCGAGCGGUCUGCACUUGCCAUGCUUUUGGCACAAGCUUCAGGCCGACCAACCGAUGAUGCGUCCCGUCAAGACCAAGGCCAGGGCAGAUCUGAAGACAGCGAAGUCAGACAUGGCUCUGAAUUCCUGGCGAGAGCCCUGACUCAUAUUUUGAACGAUGAUCAUGCCACAGGGGGCGAUGAACAUGAGGAAUCUCCAAUAAUCACGCCCCGUAUCUCUAACGCUCCCGGUGGUAGUUCGUCGGAGCCUUCAACCCUUCCGGCAAAUCAAUCACUAGAACAACGCUCCGAACAGCCUACAAGACGGCGUGAGGUGACUACGAUUGAGGAUUUGGAUAAGGAACGGGAGCAGGUUCGCUCGAAUUUGAUUGAGCGUUGCUUGGACAUCUUGAAUGAGCACCACGACGUCUCAUUCGAGCUGGCUGAUCUGAUUGCCUCCGCAACAAGAAGACACCGCGACGCGGAAAGUUUUAGAAGGGAAGUGGGCGAGAUUCUUGUGCAAUCAUUGGUCUCUUUACAGAUGGAGAAUUUCCAGGCUGCUGGCAAAAAAGUGGCCGCCUAUGCUCACCUUCUCGCUCUAGUCGUCCAGGAUCGGGAAAUGUAUACCGCAACCCUUGGUGAGCUUAAAGAAUGCUUCACGACGUUCCUCGGAUUCAUUCAAGUGUUACCUGAAAAGUCGUCCGAUGAAUCGUUCCCCUGGAUCGGCCAUGUCCUCCUGGUGCUAGAGAAGCUGCUUUCUGAUGACUGUCAACCACCUCAAAUCCGUUGGAGUAUCCCUGAUCAUGAGAACCCAAGUGCAGACGAUGAGCAACCAGCUCACUUGGAGGAGCCUCUUGUAUCCCUGGAUCAGAAAAUGCAGCUUUAUGAGGCACUGGUCGAAAUACUGCCUAGAAUAGGCAAGGAUGAAACAUUGGCCCUUUCGAUUUGUCGAAUCCUUGUCAUCCUCACACGUACUCGCAGCAUUGCUGUGCGGCUGGGAGAGAAACGAAGCCUGCAACGUCUAUUUGUCAUGGUCAAACAACUGUCUAGCUCCACAAAUGAGAAACUUCAGGGAGCUUUCAUGUUGAUUCUGAGACACAUCAUCGAGGAUGAGGACACCAUCCGGCAGAUCAUGAGAAGUGAGAUUGUCGCCAACUUCGAAUCCAAAUCGUCCCGCCAGAUUGAUACAACCGGUUACGUCCGACAAAUGUACCAUCUUGUCCUCAGAUCCCCUGAAAUUUUUGUUGAAGUAUCCAAUGAGAAAUUGAAGUUGCAGCGUUAUGACAACCGCCAACGACCUCAGGUUCUCACGCUGAAGGCCGACAAGAAAAACAGUUCUUCAGAUCCCACAACGGUUAAAGAAGCGCCUGAUAGUCCGGAAAAGAGCGAGGGCCAGGCAGGUGGAGCAUCUUCUGAGGAUAAGGACAAGGCCAAAGCUACCGAUCUCAAGCCGCCCGUGGUGGAGAACCCUGAUGGCGUUAUCCACUAUCUACUUUCUGAGCUUCUGUCUUAUAAGGAUGUCGAUGAUAAGGAAGCUCCCACCGAGAGCACAGAUCCUUCUGCCCCCGAUCAAUCGGAAACCCAAAUUGAUGUGGAAAUGUCAAUCGAUGAACCUUCUCCAUCUGUUUCUAGUACCGACGCGCAGGGCACACGCAACAACAAGAAGUCAGACAAGCCGGCAUUCAAGGCGGACGACCACCCAAUCUACAUCUAUCGAUGCUUCCUCUUGCAGUGCUUGACCGAGCUUCUCUCGUCUUACAACCGCACAAAGGUCGAGUUCAUCAAUUUCUCGCGCAAGGCAGAUCCUCAUGCGGCUACCCCGUCAAAGCCUCGCUCGGGGAUCUUGAAUUAUCUCCUGAAUGCUUUAGUGCCGGUUGGCACUAUGGAACAUGACGAAUCGGUUGCGUUCAAGAAGCGAAGCAACACGUCCGCUUGGACAAUGCGUGUUCUUGUUGCUCUAUGUACAAAGACAGGCGAAUUCGGCGGGCCUGGAAGGCGACGUAACGAACAGGACCUCAAUGAAGACGACGAGCCCGAGCUUGCCUUUGUGCGGAGAUUCGUCUUGGAACAUGCGCUGAGGUCAUACAAGGAAGCAAAUGCUUCGAAUGAACCCCUUGACGCCAAGUAUUCUAGGUUGAUGUCACUUGCCGAUCUGUUUGAUAAAAUGCUCAGUGGAUAUGCGUUCGUUUCUGGUGAAACAGCUUUCGCGUCUUCGACUAGGCAAUUGGCUAAGACUAUGUUUGAAAAACACUUCAUUUCUGCGCUGACAGCUUCAGUCGCUGAGAUUGACCUCAACUUCCCAGCGUCCAAACGGGUCAUCAAGUACAUUUUGCGUCCUCUCAACAAGCUCACCCAGACUGCGGUGGUGUUGAGUGAGUCAUCUGACAUCUCCACUCUCGCUGAAACUGAAGACGAUGAGAUCUCCUCAGCUACAUCGGUUUCGGAUAUGGAAGAUGACCGCGAGGAAACCCCCGAUCUCUUCCGCCACUCCACACUGGGCAUGCUCGAGCCUCGGCACGAGGAGGAGACAAGCUCCGAAGAAUCGGAAGAGGAGGAUGACGAAAUGUACGACGACGAGUAUGGUGAGGAGAUGGAUUAUGAUGAAGACUUGCCAGAAGACGAUGGCGAAGUAGUCAGUGAUGAAGAGGAUGAAAUCGAAGGCGUUGGGCCGAUUGAGGGUCUUCCUGGCGAUAACGGCAUGGACAUCGAAGUGGUCAUCGAUGACGAUGAAGAUGAUGAAGACGACGACGAAGAUGACGAGGACGAUGAGGACGAUUCCGAUAUGGACGACGACGAAAUCCUUGCCGGUGAGAUUACAGGAGAUCAUGAUAAUGAGAGCCUAGAGGAGGGCGAUGACGACGAGUGGGAAAGCGAAGAGAUGUCUGAAGACGACGAAGAAGCUGAGAUCAUGAAUCAAUUCGAGGAUGAGUUGGCCGAUAGUCUUCGACAGGCAGAACAGCGCGACGAUGGCCAGCGUUUUGAUGAUUUGUUCCGUGUCCUCAAUGAGGCUGCUGGCGGCGUCGAAGAUCUUCAGGCUGACAGUCUUGGGGAUAUGCAUGAAGACAUCGUUGAUGAUGAUCUUGCUGAUGAAGAAGAAGACGAGGAACUUGAGGAACUCGAGGAGGAACUCGAGGAUGCUGACGAUGACCAAGGGUCUUAUCAAGGUUUCGAUGAUGAGGAAGAUCUUAUGGAUCCUUGGGGAUGGGAAGGCGAUGAGCAACCGCCACGAGGCCAUCAUCACUCCCGGUUUCACGGUCCUCGGCCGGCAUGGGCUGCGGUUAGUGGAAUCAUGCCCAGUCGGCACGGUAUUGUUCCCAUUCAGCCAUAUCGGCUCCAUAGAACUCAGAUUCCGGCCCGUGGAAAUGAUGACGGGACCAACCCACUUCUUGUUCGGACAGACCGUGGCUCCGAGACAGGUGGCCAGCCCCGCGUACCCGGCAAUGAAGCUUUCACCGACUGGGUCCAUGGCAUGGAGCCUGUAUCCACGGGACGUCUGCUUCCCAUGGAUAGUCCUGUUAGCUUCAUGAACGCAGUUUUGCAGGCUAUCGGCGGCCAGGGGGGCCCAGGAUUUGGGGUCAUCACCCGUCCGGAUGGUAUCCACGUCCAUGUUGACAGACGUGCAAUGCCUAACCGGAUUCAAGACAUAUUCGGACUUGGCAGGCCCCAAGCUCCUCCUUCCCGUACUCGCGACGAUCCUUCCCAAGCUGUGAGCUUUGCCUUGGCCACAACCAGAAGCCGUUGGCAAGAGGAGGCCCGCAUUCUGUUCAGCAGCGCAUACGUUGAGAAGACCCAGCGUGUGGUCAAUUCCCUGCUGAAGAUUUUGGUACCCCCCGCCAUUGAGGAAGAAAAGAGACGUGAAAAGCAGAUGGAGGAAGAGCGAAAGCGGCGAGAAGAAGAACGCGCAGAACGUGAACGUCAGGAGCGCAUCGCCAGGGAAGAGGAGGAGAAAGAGAGAAAGCGCAAGGAAGAGGAGGAGAAUGCCAGACGGCAGCAAGAAUUGGAACGCCAGGAAGCAGAGCGACAAGCAUCCGGUAUCGAGGCGGAGCCCAUGGACGAUGUACAGCAGACGGACACCGGCAAUGAGGCCGCAGCACCGGCAUCCGAGACUGAGACAGGCCCGUCAGAACCUGCUCCCCGCGUGCACACAACUAUCAGAGGCCGUCAGCUUGACAUCACUGGCAUGGAAAUUGAUCCGGAGUACUUGGAAGCCUUGCCUGAAGAACUGAGAGAGGAAGUUAUCAUGCAGCAGCUUGCAGAACAACGUUCUCAGGCUGCUGCUGCCGGCGAAGAGCCUAGCGAAAUCAAUCCAGAGUUCUUGGAAGCCUUGCCUCCAGAGAUUCGCGAGGAGUUGCUGCAGCAAGAAGCGGCCGAUCGUCGUCGCCGGGAGCGUGACAGUGCUCGUCGACAAGCUGCUGCAGCUGCAGGUGCAGCUCCAGCUCCAGCUCCAGUUCAUGCAGAAGAUAUGGAUCCUGCCAGUUUUCUGGCUACACUAGACCCAUCCUUACGUCAAGCUGUUCUGGCUGAUCAGCCCGAAGAAAUCCUUGCAACAUUAGGUCCAGAGUUCAUUUCGGAAGCUCGUGCGCUGCCAGGCAGACGAUUGGCACAAUUCGGCGAUAUCACUCGGGUCGACCACCGUCACCGACGUGAGCCAGCCGACGAUCAAGAGCCCAAAAAACAACAACGACGUCAAAUUGUCCAGAUGCUGGACAAGGCCGGCGUCGCUACGUUACUUCGUCUGAUGUUCAUGCCUCUCCAAGGCAACGCGCGCCACCAGUUGAACGACAUUCUCCAUAACGUGUGCGAGAACCGCCAGAACAGGAUGGAGGUCAUUAGUCUUCUCCUUUCUGUCCUUCAAGACGGUAGUGCAGAUGUCUCGGCGAUCGAACGCAGUUUUGCCCAGCUCUCACUCCGUGCUAAGCCCUCGUCGGUUCAGAAAACUCCUCAAUCCGUCAAGCGGAAUUUGUCAUUCCAGGGGUCUUCUAACGUGAGCAAUGAAGUGACUCCGAUCAUGGUUGUGCAGCAGUGCCUGGGAACCCUUUCCUUCCUGUCGCAGUACAACCCUCACAUUGCUUGGUUCUUCCUGACCGAGCAUGACUCUUCCCCGGCCCUGAAGCUGAAGGCUCUCCGCAAGGGCAAGGGCAAGGAGAACAGGGCUAACAAGUUUGCUCUUAAUGCAUUGUUAACCCUACUUGACCGAAAGUUGAUCAUGGAGAACCCUAAUUGCAUGGAGCAGUUAUCAAGUCUUCUAAGCAGCAUCACACAGCCUCUUACACUCUUGCUCCGUCGUGAGAAGGAAAAGCAGGAGGAAGAGGAGAAAGCUAAGGGCAAGCAGCCCGAGCAGGCAGAGGGAGAGAGACCGGCUGAAGAACAGGAACAGCAGCAGCCCGUUUCAACGGAUCAGACUGGCUCUGCCACGGAUACAACAAUGACGGAUGCACCGCUUCCCACUGUCGAGACUACGCAACCGCAAACUGAAUCUGCUCAGCCAGGGCAAACGGAACCAUCGGGAGCCGCCAAAGAAGACAAAGCAAAGACAGCUGAAGAUGAGAAGCACAAGAGAAGAACCAUCGAACCACCAGUUGUCCCUGACCACAACUUACAGCUGGUGGUCCAUAUCCUUGCCGCUCGUGAAUGCAACGGAAAGACAUUCCGAGACACACUUUCCACCAUCAAUAAUCUUUCCGCUGUCCCCGGCGCCAGGGACGUGAUUGGGAACGAGCUGGUCAGCCAGGCUCAAACCUUGAGCACUGUCAUACUCACUGAUCUUGAUGAGUUGCUAUCGCAUAUUCACCAGGCUCGUACUGGUACCGAUAUGCAGGGUCUAGCUUUGGCCAAGUUCUCGCCAGCCAGUUCUGAUCAGGCUAAGUUAUUGCGCGUUCUCACGGCUCUCGAUUAUCUGUUCGAUCCUUCUCGGACGGACAAGGUGAAAGGAGCCGAGCCUGACAAUGCCGCAAAGGAAGAUGUUCUACAGACGUUGUACGAAUGCUCUACUUUCGGGCCUCUGUGGACCAGACUCAGCGAAUGCUUGACCGUUAUUCGACAGAAGGAGAAUAUGCUCAACGUCGCAACUAUUCUCCUGCCUUUGAUCGAAGCGUUAAUGGUGGUUUGCAAGAAUACCACGCUUAAGGAUACCUCUCUUUCCCGGAACAGUAGGGAGUUGUCUGUGUCGACCACUUCUGUUGACGCUGGUCUCAGCAUGGAAAGCCUCUUUUUCAAGUUUACAGAGGAACAUCGCAAGAUUCUCAAUGAGCUUGUGCGGCAAAACCCCCGGUUGAUGAGUGGCACUUUCUCGCUGCUGGUCAAGAACCCUAAGGUUCUAGAGUUUGACAACAAGCGCAACUACUUCACCCGUCGCAUUCAUUCCCGUGGCGCUGAGCCUCGUCACCCCCACCCUCCUCUUCAGCUGUCAGUUAGACGUGACCAAGUCUUCUUGGAUUCCUUCAAGUCUCUGUAUUUCAAGACGGCAGACGAACUGAAGUAUGGAAAGCUGAACGUACGCUUCCACGGUGAAGAGGGUGUCGAUGCCGGUGGUGUGACUAGAGAAUGGUUCCAGGUCCUCGCGCGUGGCAUGUUCAACCCCAACUACGCUCUGUUCAUCCCUGUUGCUUCGGACAGGACUACAUUCCACCCGAAUCGUCUCAGUGGUGUCAAUUCCGAACAUUUGAUGUUCUUCAAGUUCAUUGGACGUAUCAUCGGCAAGGCCCUGUACGAGGGACGUGUCCUUGACUGCCAUUUCAGCCGUGCGGUCUACAAGUGCAUCCUCGGUCGGUCAGUAUCCAUCAAGGAUAUGGAGACGCUUGACCUUGACUACUACAAGUCCCUUCUCUGGAUGCUCGAAAACGACAUCACUGACAUCAUUACUGAGACGUUCGCUGUCGAGACAGAUGACUUUGGAGAAAAACAAGUGAUCGAUCUCAUUGAGAACGGACGCAAUAUCCCUGUCACUGAAGAGAAUAAGGAGGAAUACAUCCAACGUGUCGUGGAUUACCGCUUGGUCGGCUCCGUCAAGGAGCAGCUGGACAACUUCCUGAAGGGAUUCCAUGAGAUCAUCCCCUCCGAUUUGAUCUCUAUUUUCAAUGAGCAAGAGCUUGAGUUGCUAAUCUCCGGUCUCCCCGAAAUUGAAGUGGAUGAUUGGAAGGUCAAUACCGAGUAUCAUAACUACUCGGCCUCCUCGCCCCAGAUUCAGUGGUUCUGGCGCGCUGUCCGCUCUUUCGAUAAGGAAGAACGCGCCAAACUUCUGCAGUUCGUUACGGGUACUAGUAAGGUGCCUCUCAAUGGAUUUAAGGAACUCGAGGGUAUGAACGGAGUUAGCCGUUUCAACAUCCACCGUGAUUACGGCAACAAGGAUCGUCUCCCAAGCUCUCAUACUUGUUUCAACCAGCUGGAUCUUCCAGAAUAUGAGAGCUACGAAACUUUACGGCAACGUCUUUACACUGCGAUGACGGCUGGCAGUGAAUAUUUCGGAUUUGCAUAA